CGAGCUGCUUUCGUAGUCGGCAUCGGCCAUCCGCGACGCGAGCUUUCGCUCGGACUACGAAGCUACUCUCGCAAUAAUUUUUCACGGCGCAAUUGAAAUAACGUGCGAUCGAAUCAUCGUGUGAGCGAAUUUACGAUAGAGGAUAAUUAUCGAAUUCGCUUGAGUAUGUAAUUCGAAAGAGUGAACUCGAAGAGAGGAAUUAUUAUAAGAGAUAAUAGAAAAGAAUCGCUCGGUACGCUACGUAGUAAUGUAGCGGUAUACGGUGCGUCGAGUGUUUUUUACGAGAAAGUAUAUUUAUAUUUAGUUUAUAUAUAUAUAUAUAUUCUUAAAUAUAAAUAUAUAAAAAUACGGAUAUGCAUUCGUGAAGUGAGAAAUUUUUGGAGCAAUCAAGCGGAAUGCAGUGAUAUUCAUCGAGCUCGAAGAAGAGAAAGUCGAUGGGUCGAGGAUCAUACCGUACGAUUAAUCGUUCGCCUUCGAGAACGAUUUUGGAAAAUGUGCUUUUUAUCGUCGUACCCUUCGAUAAAGUGAAGAUUCGCGAAAGGAAAUUGACGCGUAUCGGAACAGUGAGAGCUAUCAAGGAUAAUAGAGAAAGAGAGGGGAUGUACAUAGCCGCGAGUGAACGGCGACUCUGCCGGUGGCUCUGAAUUUCGCGCUUCGCGAACGCUUCGGUGAAUUCGUUGGGUGGAAGCGACGAACCUUCCUCGAUUCGCACGCUCGUUCGUUCGGGAUGUGCUCGUCGAGCCGGAAAAAUUUCGAUGCACUGCUUGGAAUCGCGGGAAGUCGCUCUUAACUUCGAUCGAAGAUCAUCGAAGGAAGAAGAAAAAGAAGAAAAAGAAGAGGAGGAGGAGGAGGAGGAAGAGGAAGAGGGAGAAGGAGGAGGGAAAGAAGGAAGAGAAAGAGGAGGAAGAGAGUUGCUUCGGUGACAACGGAGUAUCGUGGGAGAUAGAAGAAAGAGAAGAGUCAACGCGAAUCGGUGGUGGUGUGGUGGUAGUGGUGGACACGAGAGAGAGAGAGAGAGGGCGGGCAACCACCCCCUCCGAGCGAUGGAUCUUGCGCUUCUACUCUUCGUGGUGCUGCUCAGGCAAGAGGUCGCCGCUCUGAAGCUACUUCGUAUAAACGUCCCAUCGUACACCUUGAGGGGCAAGAACGCGCUUCUGGAGUGCAGAUAUGAUCUAGAAUCGGAUAAGCUCUAUUCUUUUUCGUGGUACAAGGAUCACGAAGAAUUCUAUAGAUACGUACCAAGGAGCGAACCUACUCAACAUAGUUAUCACGUCGAGGGCAUUAAAGUGGACCACCGAUACUCCGACCACAGACGAGUACAACUUGAAGAUGUUGGACUUUACACCAGCGGAAGGUACAAGUGCGAAGUUGUUGCAGAAGCACCCAACUUUAACUCGGUUAUCGCUGAGGCCAAUAUGGAGGUCGUAGUUCUGCCCGAAGAAAGUCCCACGAUAACGGGCGAAGAAAAGAUUUACGCUAGCGGCGACGUUCUUGCCCUGAAUUGCACCAGCGGCAGAUCCCAUCCCGGUGCACAUCUGAAGUGGUUCAUCAACGGCGUACAGGUGAAAGCGGAUUCGGAACGGAGGCACGAACAGCACGGCUUGAUCUCGACGAUAUCGAGUCUCCGACUGGAACUCGAGCCAGAUCAUCUCUCGAGCGAGAAGAUAAAAGUCAGGUGCGAGGCAGUAGUUCGAUCGAGCCAAGAAACGAACGAUUCGUUCAUUGACUCGCGUGCAACGGAAGUAUUCGUUCAAGGCCAAUCCAGUCUCUUGAGGCCGUCUGCUUGCUUGCUGGUGACUCUCCUCUUAUUACAACGAUUAUUGGUGCCUCAUUAGACACCUUAAAAGGGCAAGAGAUUUUUUAUAUGACUUUUUCCCUCUCUCUCCUUCUCUCUCUCUCUCUCUCUCUCUCUCUCUUUCUCUCUCUCUCUCUCUCUUUCAUCUCGGCUUUCUUAGCCUUAUAAAAGAAAAGGAAAACGAGAAGGAAUAUCUUUGAAAAAGAGAGAGAGAGAGAGAGAGAGAGAGAGCGAGAGAGAAAGUAUAAGAAAGAUCGUCAAAAGAAGAAGAUGAGAGAAAAAGAAAAACGGAGCUUUGAGUUUCGUGACGAAAGACAAUCACACCUUCGAUGCCGAUCGAUGGUGAUGAAUGAUUAUACGAUUGGCAAUGAACAGGUAUUGGAGUAGUUUUCAAUUAAAUAAAUCGUUGACUGUACAGUCUCUCGCGUUUUGCGAAAGGGUACAAAAUAUCUCAAGUUGUUAUUUUCGGGAUCAAGCACCCGAUAUAUAAAGAUUACCCGUAGAUAGUCAAUUGUGCGAAAGGAACGCCCUGAAGGUGUUCACGAAGAAAAACAGGAAGAAGAUGUGAAGAAAAUGUCGAUUUACGAAAAGAGGUAUUAAGAGUUCGGAUAACGCACAAGCAAAAGAAAGAGAGAGAGAGAGAGAGAGAGAGAGAGAGAGAGGAAAUAACAUAUAUCUUUAACGUCGUCAUUAUCGAGCACUGAAUAUUUCCAGUCACUUUAUCAUUUAACGCGACGACGAUUUUAGCUUCCAAAUGGGGAUUAGAUUUUGUCCGUACGAAAAUCAUAUCAUUUUUGAAAAAAAGCGUUAGACGUAUUCCGACUUUACUCUCGUCAAAUGGAAAUAUCUAACGCGAUAAAGAAAGUCAUGAAAACUGCCAUCGAGGAACGUAGAGUUUCGCGCGUUUCUUUGAGACGCGACAUCUUCCUACUUGACUUCUUCUCCGUACGUAGAAGUAAAAAUCGGGAUCAAGCAACACGGUGCAUACGUUUGAAAAAGAGAAAUCCAACAUUGAUUCCACGAGAAAGAAAGAGGAGAGAAAUAAGGGUAAAAGCUUCGAAUCGGAAAGCUGCGGGACUUUUAUUUUCUACUACGAGUAUAUCACAGAGAGUGCUGUUCGUUCUCGUCGUGUGUCGCAGUGUUUCCAUUUCGGCGAACGCAUUACCAUGAGAGCGUUAUUGCUGGUAUGUAUAAAAAAUAAAAUAAAACAAAACAAAAGAAAAAAAAAGAAUUUUAAAAAAAUAGGGGAAAGAAACAAAAACAAAAAGAAAAGCACCAGAAAAAGCAGAGUUCGUGCGCCGUGAUCCUUUUCUAUGAUAAUUAGUUCGUUAUUCAAACGCGUCGUGCAAUUCGAUUGUACGCAUCCGAGAAGAUACGAGAUAAAUCGUUGAACGUAUUUUCGAUCGUUUAUUCGUAAGCUUCGUCCGUAAAGAUCGUCGCGCGAGCUUCGAUCCGUAAUCUGAAAUAUUUCGAUUCGCACGACGACGUUUUUAUAUCUAUCCAGAGGAAGUUGAAGCGUAACCGUGAGGGUACUAUCUGAUAUAUUUCGUAAAAGUAAAAAAAGAAAAAAAGGAAACCCAAAGAAAACAGAAAAUAAGAAAAAAAGAUAAUACUAAUAAUACUAAUGAUAAUACUAAUAAUAAUCAUAAUGAUAAUGAUAACAAUAAUAAUAAUAAGAAUAAUAAUAAUAGUAAUAAUAAUAAUAAUAAUAAUAAUAAUAAUAAUAAUAAUAAUAAUAAUAAUAACGCAAGUAGGGGUCUCGAAAUCGAGUUGGUUGAUAAAAUUCCAAAUGAAAGUUCAUUCCGUACACAGAAAACAUAAACUUUGAGCAAGCACGUUGGACUUUUUCCGCGACUACGGAAAAGUCGUAGACGAGGAAGUAGGGAAUUACGUUACGCGGUGAACGAACGAAGACGCGAUGCGGACGAAAAGUUUAAGUAAGGUCCGAGCGAGAGAGCAACUUCGGUGUUACGUAGCAUUUAUAAAACUUUCCGAAUGCCACUUGUCCACCGAGGCGAAACUUAAGAUCGUUUCCCAUGGAAACGCCUUCUGCCGAGGUAGUUUUCUACUAUUCGACGAGUAGCAGUAGUAGAGUCGACUACGCUUAUCUGCGGACGACCAACAGGAAUGAGAACGUUCUCGCUCUUCUGCCUCGAGAACAAUGGAAUCCCAUCAAAACGGUCAACCGACGCUCGACUUUGGAGAGAUUCGCGAUUAAUCCCAAGUACGCAGGAAGGAAACACGAAACAUUCGGUAUAAUAACGAGUCCUUAACUCAAACUACGUUUGAUAAUACUCGAUCGUAUAGAAUAAAAUCGACUGGGUCGAGACAACAAUAUCGCGAUUCUGAGUCGAACGAACGUCUAUCUACCGACGGUCUAGCUACCGAUGGAUAUAAAAAAAAAAAAAAAUGCGAUCUCGAUCGGAUCUGAUACAUCGGACAUCCCACCUGUAAUACAUUUUCGAAGAAGAAUUUAAUACAGCGUGAGGUUAGAUCAAAGUAUCGAGAUACGAAAAGGAGUAUUUAAGAAAAAUCGAUUGCAAGUAGGUCGCCUUCUAGGUUUGAACUUUCAGAGGACGACGUUAUCGGCUCGUUCCAGUGGGUGACAGUAGUCGAACGUUCGUAUAAUCGGCCCCAUUCAGAGAGCCAACGUCUUUCUCGAGAAGCACAAGCUCAAAUCUUCCUCCCGUGAUAGAUGUUAUAUAACGACACUCGGCACUCGAUAAUAAACCCGCACACGUACUUACACAGAAAUACGAGCAGACGCGUGAUAUAGCGCGCGACAUAUCAGAAUACGUAGACCGUAAUAUGCGGUCGUCCUUCCAUUAUAGUACGCUUCCUCUACACGUAGUCUGGCCUAUCAACCUUGCCGAAUAGAAGAGAAGAGAAGAGAAGAGAAGAGAAGAGAUGAGAUGAGAAGUGAGACGUCGCAUCGUCGUUAGACCACGCGCAUCAAGCCACUCUGCCAGUUACUUUCUGCCUAAAAGCAACGUCUUCUAGGCUGGUAUCUCGAAGAACCAUCGAUAAAGUAUCGUUCCAUCCACGGUAUAUAGUUUCCCCGAGUAAAGUAGACGUCGAAGUAGCAGCAAUAGUUGUAAUAGCAGUGGUGGUGGCAGUAAUAGUAUAGUACACAGUAGUAGUGUAGUAAUAGUAGUAGUCGUAGUAAUAGUAACACCAGUCUGACACGCGUGAUAACGUCUUCCUGCGUUUUCAAGAGGAUCGGCUUUUCAAAAGAGAGGCGCGCGAAAAAUCGAAUCGUCAUUCGAACCUUUCUAGUCGCGAUAGCUACUAAGAGCCCACAUCCGACACACGCGUUCGGAGAUAAAAGUAAACCUUGGAAAGAAGAAUCGUGGCUGGCGAGAAGCGAAAAGAUCGAAAGUAAAAGAGCAAAAGAGAGAGAGAAACACGGUGAAAGAGAGAGAGAGAGAGAGAGAGAGAGAAGAAGAAGAAAGGAGUAGGGACAUUAAAGAGAGAACCGAGAUCAGGAAGCUGAGAGAUGUUGGGAAAGAAGACGAUGGGGUAGAAGAAGAUGAGGUAGGGGAGGGUGGUAAAGGAAAGAAAAAUUUUCGCUAACGCUUCGUCGUCGAGCGAGCUCGUUCGAGCGAGCAAAGCCAAGCCAGCAGCAUCCAGACUUCUCGCAUCCAACUUUCCUAUUUUCACCGCCUACUUUUAUCUCUUGCACUUUCCUACUUUCUCUCUCUCUCUCUCUCUCUCUCUUUCUCUGUAUCUCUCUUUGUGUUGCUUAUUCUUUCUUUCUCUAUCUUCUCCUUGCACGACACUAAGCUCACUUACUCGCUUUCGAAAUCUCGUUGCACGGCCACGACUACGAAGGCGCCUGUUUCUAUUUCUCUCAGUUUUCUACGCGUUUCUCGCUUCCUCGAAAAUAACCUUUCAUCGACACAACGUUGUCGUUGCAAAGUACAUGUCUUCUGUCGUCUCUUUUUUCUUGUCCUACUCGUCGUCGUCGUCGUCGUCGUCGUUGUCGUCGUCGUCGUCGUCAUCGUUGUUGUCGCCGUUUUCGUUGUCAUGGAAAGAAAGUAGAAAAUGAAAAAAGAAAAUGUGUGUGGUCUACGAUCGAUGCGAACCUUCUCUCUUUUACCAUUCAAGAUAACGAUUAAACGAUCGACUCGGUAAUAAUCAUUGAGAAGAUAUUUCGUUAAUCCUCCAUUAAGUCAAAGUUCGUUCUCGCGUAUACAGUAUACAUAUGUACGUCGUCUACGUUAUAGGUCACGUCAAAAUCUCCUUAAAAUAUUUAAACGACAUAAAGUCCAUUUUGAAAGCCCGCAGCUUCUUUUUCCUUCGGUCGACGACUGACAAAAAAAGAAAAGAAAAGAAAAAGGAAAACAGAAAAGAGAAGAAAAAUUAUAAAUUCACGUCGUCCGUUUUUCCCUCUCUAACUUUCCUCCACAAAAAUUCCACAACGACACGCAAAUCAAUAUCAUCGACGAUCCGAUCCGUUCAAUCGUCGAUAUCGUCGCGCACGAUCUCGAAAUAUUUUGUCACGCGUUUUGGUUCUCACGUUUUCUUCGUGACAUAACACGAUAUAUAUAUAUAUACGUACACACAAGAUAAAUACAUAAAUACAUAGAUGCGUACGUAUCGAUGUACGUAAAUAGAUACAUACAUAGAUACAUACCUUUUUGCUCCGGACGAUGGCCCCGAGGCCGUGAAAUCGUCGACAUUCCUAGUCGAGAACGUGAAAAUUUUAAAAUCACUAAAAAAAAAGAAAAAAGAAAAUCUCGACGAGAGAUUUGUAUAAACAUUGUACAUACAUGCAUAUAUAUAUAUAUAUACGUGAGCAGGUGUAUGUAUAUGGGAGAGAGAGAGAGAGAGAGAGAGAGAGAGAGAGAGAGAGAGAGUGAGUGUGUGUGUGUGUAUGUGUGAGAGAGAAAGAAAAAGAGGUGAGGGUACGCGCAAUGAACCAAGAGAAAAAGCGUUUUGUAUCGCGAUACACUAGCGUGGAAGCGAAUUUCAAAGAACCUUUUGUGCUUUCGAUGGUCCAUUAAAAGAGUGAAAACAAAAAUGAUGCGUCCUCGUCGUUCGUGUAUAUACACACCUAUACAUAUACAUAUACAUACGUACAUACAUAUAUCAAAUAUAUAUAUAUAUAUAUAUAUAGUUCGUUGGCAACAUCAUCUUCCUCCUUCGUUCGAGCGACGCAAGAUUUUUUUUGCGAUCGAACGAAAUCGCUAGAUCGAAAAUUCUACUUUCGUCUCGUUCGUUCGCGAUCGAUCGCAUUACACGAGGUUAGUAAUAAAUGAAAAAAAAAAAGAGAAAGAAAAAAUAAGAAAAAAAGAAAAAGAAAAAAAACAAGUACUACUCAGUGUUGUUUAGCCUUCAGUUGUUACAAGCUUCCGAUACACUGUUACAAUUAAGGAAAUUAAACGAAUCGAAACAAGAGAGGAAAAAAUAAGCUCUGUGUGUGUCUGUGUGUGUGAUAUGUGCGCGUGCGUUCGUUCGUUCGGCCGUUCGGCCAUUCGUUCGUUCGAAUAUUCGUUCGUUCGAAGGGAACACGCAAAACCAAUAAAUGCAUAAUACACAUUGUUUAAUUCGCGGAUCACUGUUCAAACGAGAAGCUUCGUCGAGUCGAAACGCAUACACAUGUACCUACGCAUACACAUAUUAUACAUACAUACAUACAUGCUAUCCAAUAUGCAUCACCGCUCGAAGAAACUUUUCUCGCCCGUUCGCGCGCAUUUUAUUAAGAUACCCAAGGAAGGAUACCCGAGAGAGAGAGAGAGAGAGAGAGAGAGAGAGAGAGAGAGAGAAAAGAAAGAAAAAGACAAGAAAAAGUAUGAAAAAGAAUAUAAAAAAAAAAGAAAGAGAACAAAAAAAAAAGAAAAACAGGAUUAUGUACUUAUGUGUAUGGCCUAAUGUAUAUAUUUCGCAUAUUUAGUAAUAAAUCAUAUUUCAUUAA